UCUAAUCCUCUACCGUGUUCUGUGUUCUCAGAUCCUCUCUCUUCAGCAGCCUCCCUCUCCUCCCUUAGAUCCCCUCCCCAGCAGCUUCUCCUUCGCCGAGUCAUGGAGCUGCAGAGAUGCGGACUUGCCCCGCCUUCCUGCCGUGCGAGGUCCGGCGCCGCAGCAGCAGAAGCAAGCACAGCAGCAGCCAUGUACGCCGCCCUCCGCCGCGCGGCGCCACUCCGGCGGCGUGCCGUGUCCGCGCUCGCGGCCGCGCUGCUCCAGCAGCAGCCGGCGGCGAUGGGGGCGGUGGCCCCGCGGCUGCCGGCGCCCGCCGCGUUGGCGGCGUUGUGGUUCCACUCGUACCCGUCGCGGCUGGGGUUCCGGGAGACGGGGCCCGCGGGCACGGCGGCGCGGGCGGAGUUCGCGGCGGCCGAGGAGGGGUCGUUCUACGAGGAGGACAAGAGGGCCGCCAGCGCCGGUGGCGCGGCGGACCAGGGUCUGGAGAUUGCCAAGCUGGGGAUCUCGUCCAAGAUCGUCGAUAGGCUCGCCAAGAAGGGCAUCACCAAGCUGUUCCCCAUUCAGAGAGCUGUUCUUGAGCCAGCAAUGCAAGGAAAGGACAUGGUUGGUCGUGCCAAAACUGGGACCGGUAAAACUUUGGCAUUCGGAAUCCUCCGCUCCGCGUCCUGCCUGCUACCCUGCUGCAUUGCGCACACUUUCAGCCUAUCUAAUGGGUUGCCCGAUACGAGGAGUCAUUUUGGAUCCAUUUGUGGCAUUGCGAAUGGGCAUUCAGGGACAGGGACUCAAUUCUGGGAUGAAAAGAUGGAAAAAGAACUUGCUGAGGGACAUCUAUCGAGUACAGUAUUUGACAGGUACAUAGAUGGGUCAUAUACUCAUAUAUUUGAAUAUUGGAACUUGGAGUUCUCGUGCAACAUUUGACUUUUCUCUAUAGAUUAAUUUGAGAUGUACAUAGAUGGAAAAUGUGAUGAGUCAGAUUUAUCCAUUCACCUUUAACUUAUGUUUGGGCAAUAAUCUCGAUGUAUGAGCUCAUAUGGUUGAAUUCUGCUGCUAUAAUUAUAUAUUAUAUAUGUUGUACAAAUGAUGCAAUAUUAUUAUAUGAAAA